GCUGACAAGACUCUGAUGAUGAAGGAUGUAGAGAUGAUAUGCCUGUACAUGGCUGGACUAGCUGCAAUAGUGGUAGUUGGAGCAUACAUGGAGAUCACUUGCUGGAGAAUGAUGGGAGAGAGAUCUGCUCAAAGAAUGAGAAGAGAAUAUCUAAGAGCAGUUCUACGGCAAGACAUAAGCUUUUUCGAUACAGAAGUCGCUGCCGGUGAUAUUAUGCACGGAAUUUCCAGUGAUGUUGCUCAAAUUCAAGAAGUUUUGGGAGAGAAGAUGGCACAUUUCAUUCACCACAUAUGCACUUUCAUAUGUGGAUACGCAGUUGGAUUUAUAAGGUCAAGGAAAUUAUCUCUAGUAGUCUUCUCAGUCAUACCACUGAUGAUGUUCUGUGGUAUUGCAUACAAGGCUGUUUAUGUUGGCCUAACUACAAAAGAAGAGGUUUCUUACAGGAAGGCCGGUAGUGUAGCUGAGCAAGCUAUCAGUUCAAUCAGAACCGUAUUUUCCUUUGUUGCGGAGGAUAAUUUGGCUGAAAGAUACGCUAAUUUAUUGGCCGAUUUGGUGCCUUUGGGAGCAAGGAUUGGCUUUGCUAAGGGUGCAGGAGUGGGAGUUAUCUAUCUGGUUACUUAUUCAACGUGGGCAUUGGCUUUCUGGUAUGGUGGUGUUUUGGUUGCAAGGGGAGAGAUAGCUGGAGGCGAUGCCAUUGCUUGUUUCUUUGGUGUCAAUGUUGGGGGAAGGGGCUUGGCAUUGUCACUGUCAUACUUUGCUCAGUUUUCACAAGGCACGGUAGCAGCAAGCCGGGUUUUUGAAAUUAUAGAUAGAGUUCCAGAGAUAGAUCCCUACAGCUCAGUAGGCAGGACCCUGCCAAAGGCUCGAGGAAGGAUUGAAUUUAAAGGCGUUUCUUUCUCAUACCCGUCUCGUCUUAAUGCUCCAAUUCUUCAUUCUCUUAAUCUGGUUAUUCCAUCUUCGAAGACACUAGCACUUGUUGGUUCUAGCGGAGGUGGAAAGUCCACCAUUUUUGCUCUUAUAGAGAGGUUCUAUGACCCUAACCAAGGUAUUGUUACAUUAGAUGGUCAUGAUUUAAGGACGCUGCAGGUCAAGUGGCUAAGAGAUCAGAUAGGUAUGGUUGGCCAGGAGCCAGUGCUCUUUGCCACAAGCAUAUUAGAAAAUGUACUGAUGGGAAAGGAGAAUGCCACCAAGAAGGAAGCAAUUUCUGCCUGCAUUGCUGCCAAUGCUCACAGCUUCAUCUCUGGCCUUCCACAAGGCUACGAAACUCAGGUUGGAGACAGAGGAGCACUUCUUUCAGGAGGUCAGAAACAAAGAAUCGCAUUGGCUCGAGCUAUGAUCAAAGACCCUAGAAUCCUUCUCUUGGAUGAACCUACCAGUGCCUUAGACCCUGAAUCUGAGUCUGUAGUCCAACAGGCUAUUGACAAGAUCUCCUCAGGCCGAACGGCGAUUGUAAUUGCUCACAGGCUAUCAACAGUAAGAAAUUCUCAUACCAUUGUUGUUCUUGACUCUGGCUCUGUCAUUGAGAUUGGCAAUCACCGCCAGCUCAUGGAAAAAGCUGGGGCCUACUAUAGCCUUGUUGAGCUUGCUGCUGAUGGAGUAACAAAACCUUUGUCAAAGCAAAAUGAUACUGAAAAAGGCACUCAGCUUUUGGUGCCUGAUAAAUCAAUUCAUGAUGCGUCAAGAUCAAACCGUACCCAAGGGAAAACCCAAAUAGAGGAGAAAGAGGUCCAAAAACCAAAACCAAGAAAAGUUCGACUUUCCGAUAUAUGGUUGUUACUGAGACCAGAGCUUCCAAUGCUUUUAUUUGGAUUAAUCUUGGGUAUGCAUGCAGGUGCAAUUUUGUCUAUUUUUCCUUUUCUUCUCGGCGUAGCCCUUGAAAUAUAUUUUGGUAAAGACCCAUCCAAGAUUAAAAGAAACAUUGAACCCCUUUGUUUAGUACUUGUUGGACUUGGCUUUGGGAACAUAGUCUUUAUGACAGGACAGCAAGGCUUGUGUGGCUGGGCUGGAACAAAACUCACAAUGAGAGUGAGAAAUCUCCUAUUUCGUUCCAUACUAAAACAAGAACCUGGUUGGUUUGAUUCUGAAGAAAACUCCAAAGCAGUACUGGUCUCACGGCUCUCAAUUGAUUCUGUCAGUUUUCGAUCAGUCCACAUUGAUCGAUUAUCAGUCUUGUUAAUGGGUUUGAGUUCAGGUAUGGUGGGACUUGGUCUAUGUGUUUACCUUGAGUGGAGGCUAGCUAUUUUGGCUGCUGCUCUCACUCCUUUGACUCUUGGUGCAAGUUACUUAAGCUUGAUUAUAAAUUUAGGACCAAAACUUGACAAUGAAGCUUAUGCCAAAGCUAGCAAUAUCGCCUCUGGUGCAGUUUCAAACAUAAGGACAGUCACAACAUUUUCUGCUCAAGAGCAGUUGGUUGAGUCCUUUGAAAAAGCUUUAUCAGGUCCAAAGAGCAAAUCAGUGAGAAGGUCACAAAUCAUGGGCCUAGCACUGGGGUUCUCUCAAGGUGUUAUGUAUGGAGCAUACACCGUAACUCUGUUGUUUGGUGCUUACCUUAUCAAAGAAGGCAAAGCAAACUUCGGUGAGGUAUACAAAAUUUUUCUCAUUCUUGUUUUGAGUUCAUUUUCUGUUGGACAAUUAGCCGGUCUUGCACCAGACACAUCCAUGGCUGCAACAGCAAUUCCAGCAGUUUUUGAUAUCAUUUCACGUAGGCCAUUAAUUGGCAGUAGCAACAGAGACAAAGAUAAGAAACUCGACCGGUCGAAACCAUUGGAUAUUCAGUUCAAAAUGGUCACAUUUGCAUACCCAUCUAGGCCAGAUGUGACUGUGUUGAGUGACUUUUGUUUGAAGAUCAAAGGUGGUAGCACUGUGGCAUUGGCGGGUGGAAGUGGGUCAGGAAAAUCAACAGUUAUAUGGUUAAUACAAAGGUUUUAUGAUCCAAUUCAAGGGAAGGUGAUGAUGGGAGGAGUGGAUUUGAGAGAUAUUAACGUGAAGUGGUUGAGAAAGCAGAUAGCCCUAGUGGGUCAAGAGCCUACAUUGUUUUCCGGCACUAUAAGAGAGAACAUUGCUUUUGGUAACCCAAAUGCUUCAUGGGCUGAAAUAGAAGAUGCUGCAAGGGAAGCUUAUAUUCACAAUUUCAUCAGUAGCCUCCCUCAAGGCUAUGAAACUCAGGUUGGUGAGAGUGGAGCCCAGCUAUCAGGGGGCCAGAAACAAAGGAUUGCGAUAGCAAGGGCUAUACUGAAGAGAUCAAAGAUAUUGCUGCUAGAUGAAGCAAGUAGUGCAUUGGAUUUGGAAUCAGAGAGACACAUACAAGAUGCACUUAGGAAGAUUUCCAAAAGGGCUACAACCAUCAUAGUGGCUCACCGGCUUUCGACGAUCAGAGAGGCUGAUAUGAUAGCAGUUAUGAGCAAUGGUGCCAUCACAGAAUAUGGAAGCCAUGAUGCACUUAUGGCUUCUCAUCUCAAUGGUGUGUAUGCUAGCUUGGUGCGUGCAGAAACUGAAGCCAAUGCAUUUUAA